AUGGACAUGAGCGCACAUGAACACAUGCGCAGCAGAGACGCAAAGACAUGGCAGGAGGUGGGACAUCCCAAUACCAGCAGUGCAGUAAGAGUAAACAAGCACAAGCCAUGGAUUGAAACAUCUUAUCAUGGAGUUAUUACUGAAAACAAUGAUACAGUCAUACUGGAUCCUCCAUUAGUUGCCUUGGAUAAAGAUGCUCCUGUUCCAUAUGCAGGUGAAAUCUGUGCUUUUAAAAUCCAUGGACAAGAAAUGCCCUUUGAAGCUGUAGUCCUAAACAAGACAUCUGGAGAAGGUCAGCUUCGAGCAAGAAGUCCAAUUGACUGUGAAUUGCAGAAGGAGUACACAUUUAAUCAGGCAUAUGACUGUGGCACAGAGCCUAGUGGAACCAACUGGAAAAAAUCUCACAAAGCUGUGGUCCAUAUCCAAGUAAAAGAUGCUAAUGAAUUUGCACCUGCUUUUAAAGAAGCAUCUUAUAAAGCUACAGUGACAGAAGGAAAGAUCUACGACAGUGUAUUACAGGUAGAAGCCAUGGAUGAAGAUUGUUCCCCUCAAUACAGCCAGAUAUGCAAUUAUGAAAUUGUCACAACUGAUGUUCCAUUUGCCAUUGACAGGAAUGGGAAUAUCAGAAAUACUGAAAAGCUCAGCUACGACAAAGAGCAUCAGUAUGAAAUAAUGGUAAGCUUUGACUGUGGGCAGAAGCGUGCAACUGAAGAUGUCCUGGUACGUGUUGAAGUUAAGCCUGUGUGUAAACCUGGAUGGCAAGACUGGAAAAGGCAUAUUGAGUACAAGCCUAGUUCUGGAAGCAUACCUUUAUUUCCCAUUAUUCACCUGGAGACGUGUGAUGGACCAGUUUCUUCUAUCCAUGCCACUGUUGAGCUUCAGACCAACUAUAUUGGAAAAGGCUGUGAUCGCGAGACAUAUUCUGAGAAAUCUCUGCAGAAAUUAUGUGGAGCAUCUUCAGGUGCCAUUGACCUAUUACCAACACACAGCGCUACAAAUAACUGGACAGCUGGUCUUCUGAUGGACAGCAAUGAUAUGGUUUUUAAAUUUGAUGGAAAACAAGGUGCCAAAAUUCCUGAUGGAAUAGUACCAAAGAAUUUAACUGAUCACUUUACCAUCACCAUGUGGAUGAAACAUGGCCCAAGUCCAGGAUUAAGAGCAGAGAAAGAAACUAUUUUGUGUAAUUCUGAUAAGACAGAAAUGAAUCGACACCAUUAUGCACUUUAUGUGCAUAAUUGUCGACUAGUGUUUUUGUUACGGAAAGAUUUUGACCAAGCUGAUACCUUCCGUCCUGCAGAAUUUCACUGGAAGCUUGACCAGAUUUGUGAUAAAGAAUGGCACUACUAUGUUGUCAACGUUGAGUUCCCAGUAGCUACCUUGUAUAUGGAUGGUACAACAUAUGAACCUUACCUUGUAACGAAUGACUGGCCUAUUCAUCCAUCACAUAUAGCAAUGCAACUCACUGUUGGUGCCUGUUGGCAAGGAGGAGAAGUCACAAAGCCCAGAUUUACUCAGUAUUUCCAUGGCAGUCUUGCCAGUCUUACCAUACGGCCAGGCAAAAUUAAGAGUCAAAAAGUGAUUUCCUGCUUGCAGGCUUGCAAAGAAGGUCUGGAUAUUAAUUCCCUGGAGAGUCUUGGCCAAGGAAUAAAGUAUCACUUCAAUCCUUCCCAGUCAGUCCUUGUUAUAGAAGGAGAUGACAUUGAGAAUAUAAAUCAAGCUCUCCAAAAAGUCUCCUAUAUCAACUCAAGGCAGUUUCCAACUUCAGGUAUUCGCCGCCUUAAAGUGUCAUCCAAAGUCCAAUGUUUUGGUGAAGACACCUGCAUUAGUAUUCCAGAUAUAGAUGCCUAUAUAAUGGUGUUACAAGCCAAGGAGCCCAAGAUUACAAUAACUGGAAUGGAUCACUUUGCAAGACCUGCCACACAAUUUGAACAUGAAAGAGGAGUGAUUCUUUACCGGAUGUCAGAAUUGUCAGCACGGUGUUCUAAAAUGGAACAUCCCUCUGACCUGAAGGAAACUGUAACUAGAGAUCAUAAACCAGUUCUGUUAGAAAAAAUGGAUCACAAUUUGGAUUUUUGUGAUAUUUUGGUAAUUGGAUCAGAAUUGGAUCCCAAGCAAGAGUGUUUGGAAUUGGACAAGAAAGACCUUCAAGGAAAACAUAUAGAAGCCACCAACUCUACAGCUGGAUAUUCAAUAUAUGGUGUGGACACUAUGAAAAACUAUGAGGUUUUACGGCAAAUUCGCUAUCGUAAUUGGCAUACAUCUUCCUUUUUUGAUAGAAAGUUUAGAAUCAAAUGUUCAGAACUGAAUGGGCGCUAUACCAGCAAUGAAUUCAAUUUAGAAGUUAAUAUUCUACAUAAUUCCAACUCUAAUUCCAUGGAAUAUGCAAAUCUGAUGAUAAAAGAGCCACAAUUUAUCCAAACUAUCCAUCACCCAGAGGAAAGCACAAACAAUAUGCAAAGCUCAGUACUUCCAAGUAUGGCUACCAUCAUCAUCAUAAUCUGUGUCAGUGUCUUAGUCUUCAUCAUCUAUGGGGUGUACAGAAUCAUUCAGCUUGCUACCCAUACUUCAAAGGAUGAAACUAACUAAGAAAAUGAAAUGGACUGGGAUGACUCAGCUCUGACUAUCACAAUCAAUCCCAUGGAAAAAUAUGAACAACCUUGCGGAGAACAAGAAAGUGAUGAGGAAGAAAUUGAAGAUGAAGAUGAUACAACCAGUGCAGAGUCAGAUGAGACUGAAGAGGAAGAAGAAGAAGAGGAAGAAGCCAUAGGGAAUAAAGGAAACAAACAAAAUCCAACCAGGCAAGAUCAGUUGGAGUGGGAUGAUUCAACAUUACCCUACUAA